AUGCAAAAAUUAAAAUAAAUUACACAAAGCGCAAAUAAUGAUGUAAACGAGUGGGAUCUUGAUGUUGACAUCACCAAGAACUAAAAACUGUUCGAUAGUGACGAGGGCACUGAUGAGGAUUCGAAAAGAGGACCUGUACCACGAAGAACAAAGGGAGGCAUCAAUAUGCAAGAGGAGGAAUAGCAUCUCCCGACUAAUAAAUAUAAUCAACAGAACAUAUCUUCUAAUAAGUUUCUGAAAUUCUACAUGUAAAAGAAUGCUACCCAUGAAGGUGAUAGGGAAAAUGCAAUCUCUAUUAUUCAGAACUUAGAUUAUGAAUAGGUCAAAAGAUAGAAAUUUCGCUAUAAUGAGACAUAACUGGAUGAGCCACAGGUCGACAUCGGUAUUAAAGCAUUAAUGGACUUAGGACAAUUGCCUUCUAACUAAUAGAAUUAUGAUCAAGAUAAAUUGGAGAUGAAUUAGUUUAACUUUAGAAUGUCACAAAAACGAAACACAAUUUUCAAUGCUCUCCAGAAUUCCAUCCUUUAAAAGUUAAAACCAGCAAUUGGCUCAUAAAGCUAAGAUACACUCCAUGAGAAUAGCAUCAAUAAUAAUUAGACUACAACCUCCGAAUACAAAAAUAUGCUACCAAACGUUAACAAUAGUUACAGUAAAAAUAAGCAGUUACAAUCAUUUUAGCAAGUCAACAUCCUUCAAAAUAAAGAAUUAUUUAGAUCAACCGAGUAUGACCCUUACGAUGAUCGAUCAAGUAAAGGUAUUAAAAAUGCUAGCAGAAUAAAUGAUUAAACAAAAUUGAUGCCUAUCGGAAAAUAAUAAGUUUUUUCCUAGACUAUCAUUUAAGAUGAUUCAAUAGAUUCUUCUCGUGAGCAAGAUAGCAUUUAAUCAUCUCCUAAAAAAAUAUUCAACCCAAAAAGCUGGAAGUUGAAGAUUGAAAGCAAAUAUAAAUAAAAACCUUUAACCCCAAAGAAAGUAGAAGAGGGUUUAGAUAGCAAAACUCUCGUAGACAAAAGUAUUUUCAAUUUUGCGCUGAAACCUCAGGGAGCAAUGAAAAAUAUUUACAGCAAACUUUCAAUUAAGAGGCAGCAAGUAACUCCAUUUUUCAAAGUAGACAGAGUUUAAUUAGCUAUAGAUAAUGACAAUAUUUACUCAGAUCUUUCAAAAUCUCUUGAUGUUCUUAAAGUAAGUUAAGAAAGCACUCCUGAAGCCAAACCUAGAUCUAAAUCUACUAAUAAAAAGAAUCAAUCUUAAAAUAUCAAAAUAAUCGAAUUUUCAACUCAAGACUAUAAUGAUAAAAAUGGAAAAAAACAGGGGAAUCAUUAGAAAAAUUUGUCAAUCAGUAUGAUUUCAUCUUCAUUAAAUGAGUCAGAUACAAGCAUUGAUAAUUUAAAAGUAUAAAUUAAUACUGCAGACAAGAAUGUUAAAAAAUCUCAAAGUAGGAACCAAAAUUUAAGGCAGUUGAUAUCUAACCAGUCAAAAUUGGGUAAAAAUAUUUAUAAUACAUAGGAAAAUCAGUCUAAAUUGCAAAAUAGCCCUGAUUACAUAACUAUUUAGCCUAUUUAGCCUUAAUAAAAAGAUUAGUAUAACUCUCAACAAGUCGUUUCAACCAUAAAAGUAAAUAAUAAAUAGAUGAUUUCAAAUGUAAGAGUUCAACUUUAAAAAAUAAUGAAGGAUGCCAAAAAAUAAAAAAAGAUUAUGCAAAAGGAUAAGACUAAAGUUUAGAAAUUUGAAAAGGGUCUUGAGGAUUUUAAAACUAAAAAAGAUUAGAUGUAUGAAGAUAUUAUGCUUAAAGAUAUCAAGUAUAAAUUUCCUUAGGUUUAUGAGGAAUAAACAAAAGUGAAUGAUUAAGAUGGGAAAAAUAGUCAUGCGGUUGAAAUGAAAUUAAACUAAAUGUUUGAAAAUUUUGAUGAAGUUUUUGAUAAAAAAGUUAAAAUCUGGCAGAUAAACGAGCUAUUAAAUACAAACAUAGAGACUUAGAAACUUGAUUAUUUUGCCAAUAAAAAGAAGAUAGGUCAACUUAAAAGAAAGAUUCAUUGA